UAGCCUCAUAUAAAGUAAUAUUUUAUAUGGGGCAUGUCUUACGGUUGAACUUGUAGGUUUCCAGAUUAGCUAAAAGCCAGGCUAUGAAGUACUCCCAAUAGUCUGGAACAUCAAUCACUUUCACACCUACCCAACAUAGCCAUUAUAGCAGAUUCUUUCUACCAUGGGAAAGACCCAUGGUGGACAAGAUGAUUAUGAUGAAUCUUUCUGCACUAAUAGAUGAUAUAUUCUUUAGAACUAGCGCUACUUAUAUAAAUAUUGCAUUAGAUAAUCUAUUCAUUUAAUUAAUGUUAAUAAAAAGUUUUGAGCUUGAAGCUAGAAAGUAGCUAUUAUAUAACAGCCUUUUUUAAUUUUCUGACUGUCUAUUUGGUCUUGCAGUUGUAAGAGCAAUUGCUGAUCAUGAGUUCCCAGGUUCGAUCCUGGGUUGAGCCAUAAUCAGUUUUUUUUAGAAGAGGUGACUACCGCCGCCCAUGAGCAACUGCAACACUAGGGGAAUUGCAGGUGCGUUGCCGGCCUUUUAGAAAGGAGAAAGCUGCUUUUUUCUUGAAGGUCCCUAAGUUUUAUCGGUCCGGAAAAAUCUACGGUGGUAAACAAUUCCACAGAGAAAUUGUUCGAGGACGAAAACUCAAACGCACAGUGGUGGAUCGCCUAGCAUCCAGAUGAUGAGGAUGGUAUCGUGAAUUUUGUCGGGAUGUGCCUUCGUGAAAUUUGGCGGCUGGAAUUAAUCCGAACAAUUCCUCAGAGCACUCGCCGUGGUAGAUUCGAUAGAAAAUGCAAAGGUAUGCAACAUCCCUACGCAGCGCCAGUGAAUCAAGCCCAUCAGAAAGAACUCGGUUGUCGACGAUUCGAAUCGCUCUGCGCUGGAUGCGGCCAAGUGGAAGGAGAACAGUUUCCAUGUGAGUCCGAAUUUGUACUUUGCAAGCGAUGUGCUGGCAUGAAAUACUGUGUCGCUCUGCUGGGUACGUCAAUCUUUUUAGAGGCAAAUUUGGCCUUCCCUCCCAAGUGACGACGAAACUGCACGCUAUUCGAUAUGUCGACGCCGAGGAUUCCGAUGCUAGCUGAGGCAGCAAGGGGAGUGCCUUAAAGCUGAGGAGAUACGACAAAGCAGUUGACCUGGCAGUUUAUAAUGGAUUCCAUUAGUUUGGAGAACAAGGUGAUAGCGAUAGGUCCGUUAGACGGGUCUGAGCGGUCGCCUUUUUUAGGGAUCGGGUGGACCAAAGCUGUCUUCCAUGAAUUCGGGACUACGUCUUGGGUUUAGGAGUACCGAAAAAGACGCGUUAAAACUGAUGUCAACUCCGGAGCACACGUCUUCAGCACAAUGGGAGGGACUCCCUCAGGCCCACUCGACAUGCUAACGUCCAGGGAGAGAAGUGCUUUGCGAACCGAGCGCUGCGUAAACCGCACAUCUGGCAUGGGGCACACUUGGCCGUCUUGGCUUGAUGGCUUUAGGGUAGGAAUGAAGUCUGAUGUUGCAAAAAUUCAAGGAUAGCGUGACAGGGGUCACCUUGGUCUUAUUGCUCCGCUUGUUCAGAGCAGUUUUAGUCGCGAGCGGAAUGUCGUCCCCCCCCCCCCCCCCCGAAUACGCGGGGCAGCCUAAGCACCCACGCUCAGGAGUGGAGUCGCUUGGUCGUGGAUGCUCAGCGAGGGAUUCUCCAGGGGUGUUGGUACACUCCUGGGGUAGUCUGAUAUAUAUACAUUUAAUUCCGGAGCGGAGACAGACGUGAGGCGCUAUAACAUCGUUUCACAGCGACGCAGAUUGUUCCGUACGGGACUCGCUCCGCGUAGAGCCUGUACAACACCACCCGCGUCCCGCACCCGGACCCCCGUACAUGCAGACGCGAGCGCACCGCUGCUCAUUCAUCGUUUCACAGCGACGCGGAGCGCCUGCGCUCAGUGAGUACAAUCGAGAUGAGUCGAUUAAUUGACACGGGAUUUGUCAUAGAUGCAGUACAAAAUAAACCCUGCUUCAAAUAUAAAUUAUAAGAACAAAGACGCACUAUCGCCAAUGAUCACAUAUUGAACAGCGGUCAGUCCCAGGCAAUGCUCUAGCUGCCAGAAUAUGCAUGUUUUCAUUUUGUAGAUUUCUGAACAGAGCACUUGCCUUUAAUAUAUUAGAAUCAGGAUUUUUGCGUUUGAUCCAAUAUUUAUGUAAGUAAAACAAUAAUUAGCAUCACACAUUGCCCGCAAAACAAUUAAGAAGAAUCUCUCACAAAUUAAAUAAAUACCUACCCAGAAAUUUUAAUACGUUUGCAUUCACUUUCAUUUGCGACUAUCUUCCGCUAGCUCCCGUAUCGUACUAAAUACUCGUUUCAGAGCAUUGCGGGCGCUACCCGUAGGGGUCUCCCGCAUUACGGGCUACCCGUACCGCUGUGAAACCAGCCUUACACUGGUAUUCUGUGAGGUCAUGGUACCACCCUGGUUUAAGCCGGCCCAUCCGUACAACAGCAAAAGCUACCGCUUGGAUCUAUCACUGUUGUAAAUUUUGUUAUGGUUGUUUAUUGGGGUUUUCUGUCAAGAAAUACUCAGUAUUAGCCCAUAGUCAGGAAUUUGACAGUGUUUCACCACCAUACUGUGGAAAGCAGGUAAAGCCAUUGGUCCUGUGACUGAUUUGCCUCCGGUCGUGUUGGAUUACUACCCCAUUGGACUAUGACAAGGCCAAUUACGCUUUUUAGUUGUGUUUUCAAUCAGUCAGAUGCUUAAAUGCUGAAAUCACCACAGCAAUUGAUACACAGUUCUGAUUUUUAAUUGAUUGCAUUAUAUUUAGUAGUAUGAAAAUUAGAGCAAAGACAUAAUUUUUUAGUAUUAUUUGUACUGUUUCUAGUUCACAAGCAAAAACACCAGUGAAAAGAAAGGUUGCUGAGGAAAGAUUAGCAAGUGUAAGCAAUAAUGCUGGACAGGUAAAUAUUUUUAUUCAGUCUUUCAUAAGGCAUUCCUCAUAUUGUAUUAAAGAGAAUAGGAGAGGUAAAGGUUUUUAUAAAAGUACUAGUAAUCCCCAGUUUUGCACGGGUGAUUUCUGAAUCUCAACAACCACCUAUCAGUCCAGUUGUGAAUCUAAACCAUCCUGGGACCUACUCAAACGCACACAAUUUUUUUUUAUCAUAAUUGGUCCAGCCAUUUAGAAGUUCAGUGACAAACACAUACAGAAGAAUUAUUUAAAUAAUGAUUUCAAGUUCGCUUUGAAUAUUUUUUUGUGGUAUUAGAGUGACAAAUGAGUUUAAAAUCAACCUGAUGGUGACUUCUGCAGCUCACAAAUACCUUUAACCAAUUUAAAAGGUCACAGAUUCAUUGUCACCCCUUAGAACUAAGGUGUAAUGCCUCACAGUUAGUAUUUACACUGGCUCUCAUGUCUUUCAAACUGCAACAUGUCAAUGGUUGCACUGCUUCUUCGCUUCGGAAAUAGGUAAAGUAAGGUAUUAAUCUAGACUGACACCAUGGAGGAAAUAAGAAAUAGCAGCAAGAAAAAUUAUUAAUGUAUCUUAUUUUUAAAUACCUACUAGCAAAAGUCAUAAUUUGUUGUAGUAUUCAAUUAUUUUUUGUGAAGUAAUGGGAAAUGUUAUUAAUUUGCAGGUAACAUUGAACAUGCUUAAUGCACAAGAAUCUGAGAUGGAUGUAGAGGGAUUAGGUAAAAAUAUUAAAUUAGAAUUUGAGUCUAGCACUGAAGAAGUAACAACAUAGAAAAGAAAUGCUUGUACAGUAUAAAGAAAUAUAUAUAUAAAUAUAUGUUUUG